UCUCUUAGUACCAUCUCUUUCUGCAUCUCUAUUCUCCAUUGAGUGUGUGCUUCACACUCUUAAAAUAUGUUCUUGACUCACUAUUUUGAACUUACUAUUAUGAAGCAUGAUGAAAGUAGAACAGAAGAAAAUCUCAUAAACAAAUAUUAUUAGGCUCUUUCAGUUUAUCCAGUAUGAUCUUGGUCGAAACCAUGUUUUUUCUUCUGUUCCAGCAUUUGGUUUUAACAUCUGGGAAUGCAGUUAUAGGUCAUCACCACCAUCCUCAUCACUCUUUGCUUGCAGACAAGGCUGUUCUUCUGGAGUUCAAGAAAGCCAUUGUAUAUGAUCCACAUUCCACACUAGCUAAUUGGAACGAAGCUACCGGUGUCUGCAACUUCACUGGUGUCAGCUGCAACAAAAAGCGUCAUCGCGUAUCAGAACUCCUUCUGCAGGAUUGUGAGCUUGUAGGGCGGCUUUCUCCUAUCAUUUCGAAUCUAACAGGCCUUCGUAACCUAUCGCUCGUAGGCAACCAUUUUCACGGAACUAUCCCUUCUGAAAUUGCCUUGCUAAGGCGCCUCCAUCAUCUUCUGCUUGAUAGGAACAGCUUUCAUGGUUCAAUACCUGAUUCCUUAGCCCUUCCUUCACAGCUCACUAUAGUUAGUCUAUUGCAAAAUAAUUUAACCGGUGCCAUUCCACCUACAUUUUUCUCCAACUGCACUAUGUUAAAGGUUUUAGACCUUUCCAACAACUUUCUUUCUGGAAAAAUUCCAAUUGAGAUUGGAAAUUGUCCAAAUCUAUGGAGCCUCAAUUUAUACAACAACCAGUUCACUGGAGAGCUUCCUCUGUUUUUGACCAAUAACUCACUGGCCAAUUUAGAUGUAGAAUAUAACCAUCUUUCUGGUGAACUGCCUAUCAAAUUUGUACAAAAGUUGCCAAAAAUUGUCUAUCUUCAUUUGUCUAAUAACAAUAUGAUAAGCCAUGAUGGCAACACAAAUCUCAACCCAUUCUUCACUGCCCUCACAAAUUGCACUAGUCUAGAGGAGCUUGAAUUGGCUGGCAUGGUUCUCGGAGGAGUAUUGCCUAGUUCCAUUGGCGGCCUUGGUAUCAACUUUUCAAAUCUGUUGCUGCAAGAAAACCAAAUCUUUGGCUCAAUUCCUCCAAAUAUAGGUAAUCUUUCUAAGCUUGUGGUGUUGAAUUUGACCUCCAAUCUUUUGAAUGGAACAAUUUCAACAAACAUAAGUCAGCUGUCAAACUUGGAACAGCUUUUCUUAUCACACAACCUUUUCGCCAGUGCAAUUCCUCCGGCACUGGGGCAGAUGACUCACCUCGGCCUGCUUGAUCUGUCUCACAAUACGUUCUCUGGUGAUAUUCCAAGCAGUAUAGGAAAUUUGGUUAGGCUGAACUAUCUGUUCCUCAACAACAACCUCCUUUCCGGAUCAAUACCUCCAACAUUAGUACACUGCACAGAAUUGUACAAGCUUGACUUAUCAUACAACAGAUUGACAGGGAGCAUUCCCCCAGAAUUAUCAGGUUUGAGUGAGAUCAGGAUUUUUAUUAACCUGUCACAUAAUCAGCUUGAAGGGCCCAUACCGAUUGAGCUCAGCAAACUGAAAGAUGUUCAAGAGAUAGAUCUUUCAUCAAAUAACCUAAGUGGAAGUAUCUUUCCACAGAUAUCAAGCUGCAUUGCAUUGACCCUGAUAAACUUCUCACACAAUUCUUUGGAAGGGAAACUUCCAGAUUCCAUAGGUGAGCUAAAGAACCUUGAGUCCUUUGAUGUUUCAGGAAACCACUUGUCUGGAAGGAUUCCGCUAAGCCUCAACAAAAUUCGAACACUCACAUAUUUAAAUCUUUCUUUCAAUAACUUUGAAGGAAAGAUUCCCUCUGGUGGCAUCUUUGAAUCAGUCUCAUAUUCAUCUUUCUUGGGAAAUCAGCACCUUUGUGGUCCAGUUGCUGUCAAACCUGUUUGCCCUCAGAAAAAUCGUCUGUUUCGUACACGCAUUUUCUUAAUCAUAUUCACCUUAGUCAUAUUCAUAUCAACAUCCUUGUCAAUAAUAUGCUGUGUGAUUGCAUUCCGGCACAUUGAGGCACUAAUUUCAGCUGAGAGGACUGAGACAGCAAGAAAACCCACACAACCAGAAUUGGUUCAUAAUUUCCCAAGAGUUACAUAUCGAGAUCUGUCGGAGGCCACUAGUGGAUUUGAUGAUCAGAGACUGCUUGGGAUGGGCAGCUAUGGACGCGUCUACAGGGGAGUUCUUCCAGAUGGGACAACUAUAGCAGUCAAGGUCUUACAUUUACAAUCUGGGAAUUCAACAAAGAGUUUUACCAGAGAAUGCCAAAUCUUAAGGCGAAUUAGGCACAGGAACCUCAUAAGGAUCAUAACAGCAUGCAGUCUACCUGAUUUUAAGGCUAUUGUUCUUCCUUAUAUGGCAAAUGGUAGCUUGGAUAGCCGUCUCUAUCCACAUUCACAGACAGGUCUGAGCUCAGGUUCUUCUGAUUUGAGCCUGAUCCAAAGACUGAACAUUUGCAGUGACAUAGCUGAAGGGAUGGCCUAUCUACAUCACCACUCUCCAGUCAGAGUUAUACAUUGUGACCUAAAGCCAAGCAAUGUUCUACUCAAUGAUGAUAUGACAGCUUUAGUUUCUGAUUUUGGGAUUGCAAGAUUGUUGAUCGCUGGAGGAGCAAAUUCAGCUCUUGAGAACAUGGGAAACUCUACUGCAAAUAUGUUAUGUGGAUCAAUCGGAUACAUAGCACCAGAGUACGGGUUUGGAUCUAAUGCAUCAACAAAAGGCGACGUUUACAGCUUCGGCAUUCUGGUCCUAGAGAUGGUGACAAGAAAAAGGCCAACAGAUGACAUGUUUGUUGGAGGGUUAAGCCUGCACAAGUGGGUGAAGAACCAUUAUCAUGGGAGGGUGGAAAAGGUAGUUGACUCUUCCUUGAUGAGAGCUUUUAGGGAUCAGCCACCUGAGGUGAAAAAAAUGUGGGAUGUUGCAAUUGGAGAAUUGAUAGAGUUGGGAAUUCUCUGCACACAGGAGUCCUCGUCCACUAGGCCUACAAUGCUCGAUGCAGCAGAUGACUUGGAUCGACUGAAGAGAUAUCUCUGUGGAGAUACAACUGCAACAUUUGCCUCUUCCCUAGGAAUUUCUUCUUCUACCCUAGAGGAUGAUUAGCAUCUGCCCUACCCUUUGAGCCUACAUUGAAAAAUGCUUUUCUGAUUUACACUCUUGUACACAAUAAGAACAAGCAGUAUAGUUGGAUAUUUGAAAAUGGUGUUGUCAUUAGCUAAAUGUGAGUCCAAUUAGCAAA